AGUUUUAGAUUUAAUUUAGUUAUAGUUUAACGAAUUUAUUUUAAUUGUCAUCGAAAUAAGGGAUUUCACCAUGGAUCCCGAAACCUUCUUGGAUAUAGCUAAUCAAGUGAUUAAGCUAAAAAUGUUUCCCUACUUUGACAUUGCGCAUUGUUUGUUAUGUGCAUUGUCGGUAAGAGAGGAUUUAGGAGCUGGUGCUCAAGCUUUUUCACGCAAACAUCCUCUAGCCUGUUGGCUAUCGACUAUGCUUGUGGUUUUUGCCGGCGGAAUGCUUUGCAAUGGUCUUCUAGGUGAACCUAUUUUAGCACCAUUGAAGAGCACACCGCAACUCUUAGUUGCAACAGCUGUCUGGUACGUUGUGUUCUAUACUCCAUUUGACGUAGGUUACAAAGUUGCAAAAUUUCUCCCAGUGAAAAUAAUAGCGUCAGCUAUGAAGGAGAUAUAUCGUUGUAAAAAAGUUUACGAUGGAGUAACACAUGCAGCUAAACUUUAUCCCAAUGCGUAUAUUAUCAUGAUUAUUAUCGGCACGUUGAAGGGUAAUGGAGCAGGCUUCACAAAGCUCAUGGAGCGUUUAAUAAGAGGAGCCUGGACUCCAACGAGCGUGGAAUUCAUGCAGCCAUCUUUCUACACCAAAGCUUCAUUGGUUGCAUCAAUCAUCUUUGUUUUGGAUAAAAAGACUGAUUUAAUAUCAGCUCCGCAUGCGCUGGUAUACUUUGGAAUUGUUAUAUUUUUCGUCUACUUCAAAUUGUCUUCAAUUUUAUUGGGUAUUCAUGAUCCAUUUGUGCCUUUCGAAAACUUAUUUAGUGCUUUGUUCUUUGGUGGUAUUUGGGAUUCUCUCGCAAAACUAUUGGGAAGAGGUCAAAACAAAGAGGAGACAAAGGAUGCUAAGAAGAGCAAUUAAUAAUUUUAAUACAAAGAGAUUUUCAAUGUCAUUUGCAAAUUACGAAACUUGGUAUCUUUCAAUCGAAAGAUUCGUUCAUUGAAGAACUAGUCAGACAAUAUGUUCAUAUAUUAUUAGUAUUAUUUAUUUUUAGUUUUUAAGAGCAUUAUACUUAAUAUUGUGUAUUUAUAUCAGUAAACUAUAUCAAGUUUACGGACAAGUGAUGAUGUGAUUUUGAAUUAUGUGAUUGACACCAAAUAACUAACUCUGUAUCCGGUUUUAACGUUUUUAUGAUGCGAAAAGAUUUAUGCGGAAGAAAAUUCCAAUGAAAUUUAGAUCUUGUGAGAUUUAAUAUGUACAAAUAUAUUCUUUAAUACUUACUGUAUAGUGCAUUAUAGAACAUUAUGAUCCGCUAAUUAUGUUGAUUUAAUUAAGUGAUAACGUAAAUAGUCAAUUGACGAUUUAUUACUUUUGACUUAAGUAUAUGGCUAAACAAGUUAGAACAAUUUAAAUGACCGACAAACUUCAUAUUUGUAGUUGAUCAUUUCAGGAGAUCAUUUUAAAUUUUUUUGGUUUAAGUUUCAAAAUAGUAAUAUUUUGUUUGUGACC